GGGAGGGUGGGACGUCUAAUGUAAACCCAGCCCAGUGAUUAGCUGGGCGCUGAUUAGGUUACGAUAUUGCCCAGGUACAAGGCCAGGAUCUUCGGGACCUGUCUUCAUUUGGAGUUCAGCUACCAAAAGGAAACCUUCCUCUGGGUCCUGCAGUAUUUGGCCUGAAAUUGGGAAUUUGGAAGUUGCUGCUCCAGGGCGCUCCCUGCGGAGCUCCGCGGCCCGCCUCUCCGCCCGGCCUUUCCCGGCGUCCCCACGCGGGGCGCAACCGCCAGAAAGGAACGCAGGUCGCACCGUCAGCGCCCAGAGCAGCGCCAGUUUCCGGGCCUGGGCUGCUCUCGGAGCCAUGAGCUGCGGCCGCCCCCCUCCCGACGUGGACGGCAUGAUCACCCUCAAGGUGGACAACCUGACCUACCGCACCUCUCCCGACAGCUUGAGGCGCGUGUUCGAGAAGUACGGGCGCGUGGGCGACGUGUACAUCCCGCGGGAGCCCCACACCAAGGCGCCCCGGGGCUUCGCCUUCGUCCGCUUUCACGACCGGCGCGACGCCCAAGACGCCGAAGCCGCCAUGGACGGGGCGGAGCUGGACGGACGCGAGCUGCGGGUGCAGGUGGCGCGCUAUGGCCGCCGGGACCUGCCCCGCAGCCGCCAGGGAGAGCCACGCGGCAGGUCCGGAGGCGGCGGCUACGGACGGCGGAGCCGCAGCUACGGGCGGCGGAGCCGCAGCCCCAGGCGGCGACACCGCAGCCGAUCCCGGGGUCCCAGCUGCUCCAGGUCCCGCAGCCGAUCUCGCUACAGGGGUUCUCGCUAUAGCCGGUCUCCCUACAGCCGAUCUCCUCACAGCCGGUCGCACCACAGCCGCUCUCCCUACAGCCGAUCUCGCUACAGGGAAUCUCGCUACGGCGGAUCUCACUACAGCUCAUCUGGUUACAGUAACUCUCGCUACAGCCGAUAUCACAGCAGCCGGUCUCACUCGAAGUCUGGAUCCUCCACUAGCUCUCGCUCUGCAUCAACCUCCAAAUCGAGCUCUGCGCGACGAUCCAAGUCCUCCUCGGUCUCCAGGUCUCGCUCACGGUCCAGGUCUUCAUCUGUGACCGGGAGUCCUCCCCGGGUAUCCAAGAGGAAAUCCAAGUCCAGGUCGCGAUCCAAGAGGCCCCCCAAGUCUGCUGAAGAGGAAGGACAGAUGUCCUCUUAAGAAAAUGAUGCAUCAGGAAGCAACGUGAUGGAGGACUUGGGGAAAAGGAUCACAUACUCAGUCUAUGGAAGCAAGGUCCCUGGAAGAAGAGGCUGCCUAUUGAAAAGGCCCGGCUGCGUAGCAGUUGAGUGAUGCUGGUUAGCUAUUAAGGUGGCCUGUUGCAGUGCAGAGUGCUGAGCUGCUUCCUGUUUUCUUCUGAUUGCUCCUGGGGAAAACACGCCUUGUCCUGAAGAACAAAUGGCUGUCCAGUUUAUUAAAAUGCCUGUCAACUGCACUUCCAGUCACCCAGGCCUUGCAGAUAAAUAAUGGAGCAUGCAGUGAGCACAUCUAGCUGAUGAUAAUCACACCUUUUCUCCCGUCUUUUCUGAAAAAUUGUAAAUCUGAUCAUAUCAACAUGUAUGAACUUAAAAUAUAGAGAAUGGUAUGGAAGAAAUAGUUUAUAAGUUUGUUAAGUACUUAUAACAUGGUGUAUCUUUUUUAUUAUUAAUUUUUUACGCUAACCAUUGUUUCUGCAGUUAAAAUUGUUUUCUUGGUGUUAUCUUCUCUCAAAAUAAAAUUAGAAACUUUUGGUGGAAAGUAGGUUGCUUUAUUUUCUGUAUGACUUUUGGAUAUUUGUACUUUUGAGAAAAUUAUUAGCACCAAGUGUUUCUCAAAAUAUAAUUUUUUAAAAAUCCUUAAUAGGCUUUUAGCUAUGUCCUUUAUUGUUUUAUCACAAUGCAGUUUAUUUGUAGUUUCUCUCUUUUCUCCUCAUAUCUAUGGUUUUUUUACUUCUAAAAUUAUUUUCAAAUAAUCCAUUUUUGGCUUUCAUCAUUAUCCCUACUAGAUGUUAUGUGUUCUUUUGCAAUUGUUUCUGCUUAUACCUUUACUAGCAAAGGGAAAAAUAACAAUUUGGUGUCAAUGAUCUAGUGACAAUAGGAUUACAUUGGAGCCAAUUGAAUAAAUUUAUUCUUUCAAUCAUAUAGAUCUUCAUUAAUAUUUUUGGCUGAAUUAUCAAUUAAAAAUAUUUCAUUCCCUUUGUGCAGAAACUGCUAAAUCCAGGAUUCAAUUCUUGAAUGAACUGGCAAGGUGGCUGUGGUCUGUAGAUAUACAUCCCACAUUUUGUUGUUAUAACAGUUAGUAGUUAAUAUUGCUUUCAUAUACAGGCACCAGAAUCUAAAUUUUACGAUAAUGACAUUUCUUCUGUUCAUGAGAAAUGUAAUAUUUUACAAAUAUAAAUCUACGUAGAAUCCAAAGACACACACACAGCAGUCUUUCUGAGAAAUAAAAAAUCAGGACACCCAUGGCAUCGUAGUAGCCACUCACGUCCAGCAGGUGGCGAAGGGAGGUGAGCUAUAUUUAUUAAAUGGGACCGAGUGGGACGGGGACGGGGCAGCCCUAAGGGUAGGGGAGCACUGUCAAUUUCUGGGGGUGGAAUGAGACCCAGGCAUAGCUGGAGUUUGAAGCUUUGAAGCAAAAAUAUCUGUAGAACAUCUUAAACAUGUGACCAAAAUAUGAUAUUAAAAUCAGCAGCUCUUUAUACAUUAAAAACUUUGAAACCUGUGGCCAGGCAUGGUGGCUGGCGCCUGUAAUCCCAGCACUUUGGGAGGCCAAGGCACAUGGAUCACCUGAGGUCAGGAGUUCAAGACCAGCCUGACCAACAUGGUGAAACCCCGUCUCUACUAAAAAUACAAAAAUUAGCCAGGCGUGGUGGCGCAUGCCUACAAUCCCAGCUGCUCGGAGGCUGAGGCAGGAUAAUCGCUUGGAACUGGGAGGCAGAGGUUGUGGUGAGCCAAGAUCACGCCAUUGCACUCCAGCCGGGGCAACAAGAGCAAAACUCCAUCUCAAAAAAAAAAAAGAGAGAAAAAAAGGAAAACAAACAAACAACAACUUUGAAACAUAGGAACAAUUUUGGACCUGCUGGAGCAGAAAUGUGUAGUUGUCAUUGAAGGUGUGAAAAUACCCUACCUCUACACAUGGAAGACCUGACACACAGAGGACAUGAACCCAUGAAGAAGAGUGAUGUGACAUGGUUUACAUUUUAUUAGUACCAUGAUCUAACCAACUGAGCUAACUGGCCACACCAUUUUAUCCUUUAUAAUGAUCACUAUGAGGGCUGAGUGCAGAAUGGAGUGUAUGUGGUCAAGAGUGGAAGCUGUGAGGCUAUUGCAGUAAUCCAGAAAGAAAGGUGACGAUUGCUUAGACUUUGGUGGUAGUGCUGGAAAUGGACAUAAAUAGACAUAUUCAGGAAAUAUGUUGAUCUUAGAUCUAAUAAGACACGUAAUAGAUUAGAAGUAGGGAAAUUAAUGAAAAAGCAGAAUUAAGGAUGACUUCUCACUGGCUUAAAAUGCUAAAUGGAUGAGGGUGCUGUUUAGUGAGUUGGGGAAGACUGGGGGUGGUGAUGGGUGUAGAAAUUGAGAAAGGAAAAUCAAGAAUUUCCAGAACUUUCAGAGCAAUGUUAAAUACUUUCCUUGAUAGUGGGUCAGUCAUCAUUUAUAAGUGCAUUUCUAAAAAUAUUGCUUAAUUUUGUUUUUGAGUUUUGUAUAAGUGGAAUUUUGUGUGUACUGAUUAUUUUGCUCAAUAUUAUGUCUUUAAGAUUCUCUGUAUUGUUGCAUGUGGCUGAGUUUAUUUUUGAUGCUGUGUAGUGUUUUACUAAUGAAUAAAUCAUAAUUCAGUUUUUACUGUUCUAUUGAUGGACAUCUGGGUUGUUUCCCAUUUUAGUUAUUCUGAAUAAGGAAGCAAUGAAUAUUUUUAUACAUAUAACCUGAUGUACAUGUGUAUAUACAUUUCAGGUAUCAAUCCCAAAAGUGCAUUUGCUGGGUUAUAGAUCAAGUACAUAUUCAAUUUUGUUAGAUAAUUUUCAACUAUUUUCCAAAGUAGUUCUGCCAAUAUAUACUAUUAUCAUCAGUUGAUGAGAAUUCCGCUUGCUCCACAUCCUCAUUAACACUUGUUAAUGUCAGACCUUUUAAUAUUUGCAAAUCUGAUGGGUAUAUAGUGGUGUUUCAUUUGGUUUUAAUUUUCUUUACCCUGAUUACCAAAAAGUUGUACCUUUUUAUUUGUUUUUUAGCCACUUGGAUAUCCUCCUUUGUGAAAAUGCCUUUUCAAUAAUUUGUCCACCUUCCUAUUGGGUCACCUGUCUUUUCUUAACAAUUUAAAGGUAUUUUCUAUGUAUCUGGUUCUUAUUUGUCUUUAUGUCCUAUAAAUACAUUUUCCCAUUC